ACAUAGAAACGGCGUUUACCUUUCCACCACAGCGGUGCCGUUUAUCUACUUGCACUGACGUGCUUUCAAACUGGAGCAGUACUGGGCUUCUUGCAAAGGUUGUUUUCAAAUGCCGUUGCACUGCUCUUUGAACCUCCGAAAACCAGGCUCUACAGAGUGCAAGAGGGCAGAUCCCUGCCCCAAGGAGCUUACAGUCUGAAGUUUAACACAUUGGAAGCAGCAGCAGGCUGGGGACAGGGGAACAAAAGCAAUCUGUAUCCACUUAAGAUGGCCCUCCUAGGCUUCCUUACAUGUUGAGGUUUGCAGUAAGGAAUGGGAACCAGGAGGUUGAGCCAGAAAAUGUAGGUUUUGAGGAAGGAUUGGAAGGAAGGCAAGUGUGACACAGCAGACAGAACUAGAGAGCAGAGCAGAGGUCUCUAAAUAGUAUUACCCUGUUUGGAGGAAAUACUUUCUUACUCAAAGUCUAGUUGGGUGUUACAGGUGGAAAGCAGUAGUGUCCCAAAGCUGUUUACCUUUGUUUGUGGCAACGCAACAGGCUUGAUCACAAUGAUAGUUUGGGGAAGGGAACAAGUGCAGUCUACGCAACUAAUUUGCUGCUCUUCUCAUCUGCGUACAGCUGAUUGGGAGCAAAACUAUACAGAACGUGAAGGGAGCAGAGACUUCCAGGAAGCUAUGGAUCUUCCAAACUACAGCCAGCAACUACUUCAACAGCUCCAUACACUCUGCAGGGAACAGCAGUUCUGCGACUGCAGCAUCUUGGUUGGGACGAUGCAUUUCCGAGCGCACAAGCUUGUGCUGGCAGCAGCCAGUGUGUUGUUCAGGUCUGUGCUGGAUGGCACAGACACAGUCUCCAUUGAUGCUUCUGUGGUGGCCCCAGAUGAAUUUGCUCUCCUGCUAGAAAUGAUAUAUACAGGCAAGCUGCCUCCUGGGAAGCACAAUUUCACCAACAUCAUAUCUGUGGCAGACAGUCUGCAGAUGUUUGAUGUGGCUGUCAGUUGCAAAACCCUUCUUGGAGACCUUCUGAGCUUUCCAAGUCAAGAAGAAGUGCUGAGGGACAUUUCUGUUCAGGCAGGGGAUGCAUCUAGUAAAGGUGUUGCGACUUUGGACAGUUCUCGUGCUGCAAAACUCAGUGUCAAAGUGAUGUUGCAUCCUGAGCAGGUUUCUUCUGGCUCUGCAGACUCUGUGGACACUACCAGAGUGCAAGGACAGAGCACAUGUCAGGAAGCUUCAGACAAGGAAACUCAGCUUCCUGGUUCUCAUUGCCAGGAUCCCAAAGUUCUCCUCCCUCUGUGUCCAGGUGGCCAGAGCAUUUGCGAGGAAUGGGAGAGCACCAAACUGCCAGAGGAGAAAGACCUGGUUGGAGGUACAGGAAGCUCAGAAGAGGUGAAGCCUACAGCUGCUGUGCCCCAGGAAAGUAAGGAAGAACUUCUAAAGGAUUUGACACAGCUGAGGCCUAUCCAAGGGCUCUUGGACACAUCAGAGGAUGAUGCUUUCCUCUCUGGGGCAGAAAAGCAGGCUGCCAUGGACUGCUCUGAGGGCAGCUCACCCAGGGACGCUGCAGAGAAUCUGUUCAAGGAGGAGAAGAUCCUGAGCCCAGAGGCCCUGUCAAAGUUUCUCGGGGCCCUGAAAGCUCCUUUCCCUGGCCUGGGUCUCCUGCUGGACCGUUGGGUGGCUGCAGCAGUUGGUUCUGACAGCACAGUUGGCUCAAGUGACAGCAUUGCCACAGAAAUACUACUAAGGCAUCGCAAGCUGAUUUCCGAGGCCCUCCAGCAGGGAGCUGGUCCAGAAGAGGAGUUGCCACCAGUAGAAGCAGACCUGGCCAAACCAGCCAAGGAGGUUCAGGAUGCUGUCCCUGGAUGCCAGCUGGUGAGCACUUGCCUGCAGGAGAUGGCCCCUGCAACCUCCUGGAGGGCAGCUCUGAGCAGUGCCUGGAACAACAAGCCACUUCCUGCCACCCAGAUCUGCCAGCUCCUCUGCAGCAUUCAGGAGUACUUCCCAGGCCUGCAGACAGUGAUGCAAGAACUACAGCAAGCUGGGCUCUUGACAGCUGUCGACGGAGGGAAGGCCAGUGUCUGGAAAUGGAAGGUGAACAGCAUGUCUCAGGUUGAAGCAGUGAGCAAAGCUGAGCCAAAGGGGGGCCGAAGCCCAGAGGCCCCCAAGGGAGCUGCCUCCCCAAAGAGCUUUGCCUGCAAGGCCUGUAGGAAGAGCUUUCGCUUCUACUGCCGCCUGAAGGUGCACGAGAAGCGCUGCCGGGUUGCCCACCAGAAGCCGGCGCAGUGCCCAGAGUGUGGCGAGGCGAAGGCCUCCAAGGCAGAGCUGGAGAAGCACCAGGCGGAGGCUCACGGCAAGCUAGGCUCCUCCCUGCGGAAGAAGAAGCCCAAGAAGCCCCGCCUCCCCGUGGCCUGCGACAUUUGUGGGCGGGAGUUUGCACACACAUCAGGGAUGCAGUACCACAAACUGACGGAGCACUUUGACGAGAAACCCUUUUCCUGCGAAGAAUGCGGUGCCAAGUUUGCGGCCAACUCCACACUCAAGAACCACCAGCGCCUGCACACGGGUGACCAGCCCUUCGCCUGCAAGCACUGCCUGAUGAGCUUUGCCCAGGCUUCGGCUCUCGCCUACCAUACCAAGAAGAAGCACGCCAAAGGGAAGAUGUACGCUUGCCAGUACUGUGCCGCUGUCUUCGCGCAGUCCAUUGAGCUGUCCCGCCACGUGCGCACCCACACAGGUGACAAACCCUACGUCUGCCGGGAAUGUGGGAAAGGCUUCCGCCAAGCCAACGGUCUCUCCAUACACCUGCACACCUUUCACAACAUUGACGACCCCUAUGACUGCCAGAAGUGCCAGAUGAGCUUCCCCACCCUGCAGGAGCACCAGAAGCACAUCCAUGCAGCCCACUCCAGGGAGUACCACCCAUGCCCGACCUGUGGGAAGGUUUUCAGUGCACCGUCCCUGCUGGAGCGCCAUGUGGUCACCCACGUCGGGGGGAAACCUUUCAGCUGCCAGAUCUGCAACAAAGCUUAUCAGCAAUUGUCAGGGCUGUGGUACCACAAUCGGACUCACCAUCCGGACAUCUUUGCUGCUCAGAACCACCGGUCCUCCAAGUUCUCUUCGCUGCAGUGCAGCUCCUGCGAUAAGACCUUUUCCAGCACUGCAGCCCACAGGAGACACACCAAGGAAGAGCAUGCAGAAGUGACAUUCCAUGAGUGUGAGAAGUGCAAGAGACUCUUCCCUUCGGUCGCUUUGCUGCAGGCCCAUGAGAAAAGCCAGCACUCGGGGUCUCAGCCCCUCCACUGCCCACACUGCUCAGCCUCUUUCCACCUCCAGGGGGCACUGCAGCAGCACCUGGCCACCAAACACACCAGUCCUUCGGAGCCUUCCUGGGUCUGCACAUUCUGCGAGGAGGUCUUCCCUGGACGAGAGCAGCUGGAGCAGCACUGUGGCGCUGAGCACCCAAAGGUGGUGGUUGCCAGUUCACAAGUUCCAAUGGCCCAGGUAGUGCAGGUGCUUCAGACACCUGAGCCUGUGGUCACCGUGGCAGAGCCGGAAUUUGCUGACGCUCAGGUGUUUCUGACGUUGCCAGAAGUACAGGGUACCAAAGUGGAGCACAGCUGGUGAUGGUGAAUUCGGAAGACUUGCUGGAUGAAAAAGUCACGACGAUGUGAGAUGGGGAGAGGGAUAGCCUGUGCCAGCCUGUGCUUUUGUUGGGCUGGAACCUGCUUGAACAUUUGCCAUGGAGCAAGGCACAGCAGGGAUGAAAGCAAUCCUAGAAAAACAGGGGGUCCAGGAUGAAGGUUUGGAUCAGAUGCGCCCACUGAAAGGCAAACUCUCCCUUCUGGGCAUCAUAGGAGGCUGCGUGGUUUUGUUCUCCACCUGGCUGUGCCCUUUUUAAGGCUUCCUUCCCUUCUGUUUGGGUACGCUAGGCCAUUUAUGAGAUGAAUAGGGGAGCUGCGUGAGGGCUGCCCAGGGGCCUGGGUGCCACGUUUAUUUUUCUGCUCCUGGAAGCAGGCGUAGGGGAACAUGGUGAUCCAAAUAGAGAGUGGCAAAGCAGAUGACAGAAGCAUGGCUGCCUUGCCAUGUGGACAGGUAGUUGAGGACAAGAACCCCUACCCAACCUACUGCUAAGAACACGGCUGCUCAUCCUGCAGUCCAUGAGCUCCAUCCAGGACCAUCUCAAGGCUUGAGGGGUCUCUAGAUAAACUUCCCUCUGGUAGGACUUUCAUUGGUGGGUCCUGGUAGACUUACCAGGCAAUGGUGGCAACUGUGCCACUGAGAAGCUAGAUCAAAGUGCCCUUUAAAUUUCCCUCCAGGCUCCCACCUGUUGUUUCACUCUUGGGAUUGUGUGAAGCUUGUCCCAGCCAUCUUGCUCUGCUUGCACCAGAACUUUUUUUUUUUAAUGGAUUGGGGGGUCCAAGGCAGUUGUCACAAAUGGGCCCCGGCAGCUGUACUGGCCCUUGCACUGCAACAUAUUCUUCAUGAGGGAGUCCUUUGGCAAACGUGGCUUUGAGCUUUCUAGAAAAAGCUUGCUAGCAAGACCUUGUAAUAUGCAUCAGUAGCUCUGACGUACUCAAGUGUGCAAGGACAAACUGGUAUUGAAAUUACUUAUAUUAAGGUAGCAAACAUUAACAAUGAUGUUAACAAACUGGCUGAAUAAACUGAGCUCCUGUUUCGUAUGAGUCUGUGCUACAAGUGUUAUUUAGUGAUAAUCCCAAACCCUGAAUUCAUUUGUUCCUUUUGAAAACCUCUCAUAGUCACCUUGGGUUUACCGAAUAUUGAACAUGGGUGAGCAUCUUCAGCCUGGCUUGGCUUACUGUUUCAUUUUUUAUUUGGAAGUGUAUUUAAUUUCUUUUCAAUAAAGAGAAAGAACAGGGAA